CAACACUCGACACACCGUCUCCGCUGCUCCCCACCCGCAGUCUCCCGUCAAGCACCUUCAGCUCUUGCGCAGAAGGCAUCUAGCACUUCCAAUUCAUACUCUCUCCAUCUAUCCACCAUGAGAGAAGUCAUCUCCCUCAACGUCGGCCAGGCCGGUUGCCAGAUUGCAAACUCAUGCUGGGAGCUCUACUGCCUCGAGCACGGCAUCCAGCCCGACGGCUACCUCACUGAGGAGCGCAAGGCCAAGAACGACGAUCAUGGCUUCAGCACUUUCUUCUCCGAGACUGGCCAGGGCAAGUACGUUCCUCGCACCAUCUACGCCGACUUGGAGCCCAACGUCGUCGACGAGGUCCGCACUGGCACCUACCGUUCUCUCUUCCAUCCCGAGCACAUGAUCACCGGCAAGGAGGAUGCGUCCAACAACUACGCCCGUGGUCACUACACAGUCGGAAAGGAGCUCAUUGACCAGGUCCUCGAUAAGGUCCGCCGUGUCGCCGAUAACUGCUCCGGUCUGCAAGGUUUCCUCGUUUUCCACUCCUUCGGUGGUGGAACAGGUUCCGGUUUCGGUGCCCUCCUGAUGGAGCGUCUGUCUGUCGACUACGGCAAGAAGUGCAAGCUCGAGUUCUGUGUCUACCCUGCGCCGCAGGUCGCCACCUCCGUUGUCGAGCCUUACAACUCUAUCCUCACAACCCACACCACUCUGGAGCACUCUGACUGCUCCUUCAUGGUUGACAACGAGGCUAUCUACGACAUCUGCCGCAGGAACCUUGGCAUUGAGCGCCCCAACUACGAGAACCUGAACCGCCUCAUCGCUCAGGUCGUCUCCUCCAUCACUGCCUCGCUCCGCUUCGACGGUUCCCUGAACGUCGACCUGAACGAGUUCCAGACCAACCUGGUCCCCUACCCCCGCAUCCACUUCCCUCUCGUUGCCUACGCUCCUGUUGUCUCCGCCGCCAAGGCCGCCCACGAGGCCAACUCGGUCAUGGAGAUCACCAACGCCUGCUUCGAGCCCAACAACCAGAUGGUCAAGUGCGAUCCUCGCAACGGCAAGUACAUGGCCACCUGCCUGCUCUACCGCGGAGACGUCGUCCCCAAGGACACCCACGCCGCCAUUGCCCACCUCAAGACCAAGCGCACUAUCCAGUUCGUCGACUGGUGCCCGACUGGUUUCAAGAUUGGUAUCUGCUACCAGCCUCCCCAGAACGUCCCUAACGGCGACCUUGCUGGCGUCAACCGCGCCGUCUGCAUGUUAUCCAACACCACAGCUAUCAGCGAGGCCUGGUCCGCUCUGUCGCACAAGUUCGAUCUCAUGUACUCCAAGCGCGCUUUCGUCCACUGGUACGUUGGUGAGGGUAUGGAGGAGGGCGAGUUCUCUGAGGCUCGUGAGGACUUGGCCGCUCUUGAGCGCGAUUACGAGGAGGUUGCCGCCGACUCGCUCGAGGGUGAGGAGGGUGUUGAGGCUGAGUACUAAGCGUUUCUGCGCUGAGCGCAGCGGUGUUGUGAAACGCAGUUCGGUCCUGCAUCACUACCUUUGGUUGUUCUUGUCGGAGCUACGCUUUUGAAGCAACACCGCAUUUUGGCGAUGGCGAGCAAAGGAGUUUUGUUGGACUGCUAGCUUACAUAUCAAAGCGUUUUGGGAUGGAUUAUCCUCUUUCUCUGUUACUACUCUCUUACUAAUGCACGAUAAAUUGCUUCAUCUGUAUUCAGUAUGCGAAGGGUG